AUGGAGGAGCCAGAUGAGAUCCUGCUGCAGGUGUUUUCCAGCAAUCUAGAUGACAUGUCAAAGGAUGCAAGAACAGCUGGCAGACUGAUCACCUGGAGAGAGGCGAAUGAAACUCAUGCCCCCCCGAACAGCUUCAACAAUUCUGAAUUCGCAUCAAGUUCACAUCUGGCUAAGUUGUUUGAUGAGAUCCUGCUGCAGGUCUUUUCUAAUGACCCCAAACAUUUAUCAAAAGAAGAUGCAAGAGCAGCUGAUGAGCUAGUUACGUGGAGAGACACCAGUGAAAAUGUUUACACUGAGAGUCUACCUUGCAGAGAGCUGCUGAGCUUCCUGCAAAAGAACAUCAUCAUUGCAGCCGCUGCUGUGGCUGCAAUCCUCCUGGUCACAAUAUUGGUGGUGCUUGCGUUGGUCACAUACAUAAGGCGGAAGAAGGCCAGUCGAGUCAGAGUGGGAUGGGGUAGUCGACAGAGGCUCUGUGGCCAGACUGUGACUUGUGAGGUUGGCCAUCGCAGGGCCAGAGGCAACAGGUGA